AUGGAGAUCAGGGAGAAAAAAUCUGCAUGGCAGAACCUUGUGAAAGAGGCCGUUUUGAGUGAAUCUAGUGCACAGGAAUCCAACAGGGAAGAAAAACCUCAGACAUCCCACAUGAGGAGGGGCUCCAAACCCAGCCCAGGGUGCACUGAGGAGGAAAGACUCACCCUGAGCCAGGACGGUGGGCAGACCUUCAGCCAGAGUUCUGAGCUGGUGGCCCAUGAGCAGCUUCCUGAUUGGGAGAAGCCCCACAAGUGCUUGCAGUGUGGGAAGAGCUUCAGGCAGAGCAGCACCCUGAUCCGCCACCAAUGCAUCCACACUGGGGAAUGGCCCUACAAAUGUGGGGAAUGUGGGAAGGGCUUCAGCUACAGGUCAGAACUCACCAGGCACCAACGCAUCCACACUGGGGAGAGGCCCUACCAGUGCCCCACUUGUGGGAAGAAAUUUUUGACCAGCUCCAAUCUCCAUCUGCAUGAGCAGAUUCACACAGAGGAGAGGCCCUUCCGCUGCCCUGAAUGCGGGAUGGGCUUCAAGCACAACUCCACUCUCAUCACCCACCAACGCAUCCACACUGGGGAAUGGCCCUACGAGUGUGGGGAAUGUGGGAAGGGCUUCAGCUGCCACUCCACCCUCGUCAGGCACCAACGCAUCCACACUGGGGAGAGGCCCUACCAGUGCCCUAUAUGUAGGAAGAGGUUUCAGACCAGCUCAAAUCUCCGUCUGCAUGAGCGGAUUCACACAGUGGAGAGGCUCUUUCGCUGCCCUGAAUGCGGGUUGGGCUUCAAGAAAAAGUCCCAAUUCAUCACCCACCGGCGCAUCCACACUGGGGAGAGGCCCUAUGAGUGUCCCCAGUGUGGGAAGAGCUUCACCCAGAGCUCUGCCUUGACCCAACACCAACGGAGGCACCGGUAA